AUGGUUAUUCCGGGGGUGAAUGGGCGCCUGUACUCGUACAGGGAAGGGCUCGGCUUGCAGGAGCUGCCCAUAACAGCCAAAGAGCUCGUGUCCGCCUCCCCUUCAGUCACCCGUGAAGGCGCCACCGUGAUCGUUGGAUCGCAGAAAUCAACGGCCUUCCUGCUCGACCCAGUCACAGGCGCUGUGCUCCGCUCCUUCGACCCGCUCGCUCCUCCGGGCGGCGGCGGCUUGUCCUUUUCUGCGACCAGAAAUGAUGGGAACGAGCAGGUGGACGGCCCACUGGCGGAGUGUCUGAAAAUGGCAGAAGAGGAGGGCGGCGAAGGCGUGGAGGUAGGUGGAGGAGCUGGGUUCCUGGAAGGUUCAAGGACCAGUGGCAGGGAGGGAGCAGCAGACGUGCAGCAUCAGCAGCAGCUGAAGAGGAAGAGGGAGUGUGAUCGCUUGCUAGCGUCGUCCCUACUGGUGCUCCGAACCGACUAUGUGGUUCGGGCGGUGGAGCUCAGGUCCGGCAAGCAGCGGUGGAACGUCAGCUUCGGCGAGCUGAGCCCCGUGAAUGCGGCUCUGCUGGGCUUAGGGGGAGGCGUUGGGGGAGGCGUGGGGGGCGGAGCACCAAUUGGGGGAGUUUUGGGGGGAGCGCUGGGGGCAGCAAGGGGAGGCGGAGGGGGAAAAUCAGGGAUGGAUCUGACAGGUAGAGGCGUGUUUGAUGGUCAUGGGAGUGGGGUGCCCAACGCUGCUGCUUCUUUGGCAGUGGCUAAACGACAGCUCUUGCCAUCCAGCGUUUCUGGGGAAGAUACGGAGACAGAUAUUGAUCUGGGGAUUGGGGCGGGGGGACAUGGUCAGGUGGAUAGGGACGAGAUUGGAGGUUCAGGAUUGGCAGGAUUCAACACAGGGUUAACCGCUGCAGCUACCACGAGUGUAGACCCAUCUGAAGAGGGUAAUUCCGACAUCUACUCCAUCCAGCUGACCAACGCCCAGACAGGCCAGCAGGCAUGGCAGACGACUUUUUCAUCUGCCCCGCUCGCAGCAUUCACGCCCUCGGGCAGGCUGGUGCAGGAAUUCGUGUCGCGCGAUUCGUCCAAGGACACGGGGCCCGGGCAGGUGCUGUAUGUGGGGCGCGUGGCUGGCAGUCCAUUCGCCCUCGUCACCCCCAGCGCCACCCACGCACCCAACGCCGCUCUCCCCCUCCUCCCGGCCCCGCCCCACUCUCCCUCUGAUGGCCUGCCUGCUGGUAUGGCUGCAGGCAUGUCGGGUGGUGCGGGGGCGGGAGGUGCGGUGGUGGGUAGGACGGGCAAGUUCACAGUCACAGAGCCGCCCAGGAUUGCAGGGACGCGAGGAGCUGGCGGUGCUGCGGGGGAAGCUGGUGAUGGGAAUGGCGGUGGUGGUCAGGGUAGGGGUGGAAGUAGGGGCAGGGGUAGGUUUGGCACGGUUGGUGCAAGUGGCAGCGGUGGUGGUGGCAGUGGGGAUGAUUCGCUGUACCCUAUAGUGGUGAGGGCGCCGGGAGCAACGGCUGCUCUGUAUGACGCCAUGGGGUGCGCUGACAGCCCUGCUGUGCACGGGGGCGCUGACUUGGCAGGCGCUGAGUACAGAGCACAGACUAGUAACGCGGAUAUGGAGUUGGGUGGAGGCAGAGGGGAGAAGAACCGCCGCCUUGGGCCGCCGAAGGACAUGGAGCCUGCCGUUGGGCCCCAGGCCCCGCCCACCCCGCCGAACCUCUUGUCCUCGUUCGGGAUCCUGGCUGCCGCAGCUGCCACCCUGGCUGGGAUAGUCGCCGGCGCUUCGGUAUUCUCUUACUCCUCCUCCGCAGCCCCAUCGUCUUCCUCUUCUGCUGCUGCUGCUGCAGCAUCUGGCCGUGGUGGCACGCCUGCAAGGAAUCAGAGGCUCAAGUCGCAGCAUAGGCUGGCCUCCUCCUCUCACCCUCCCAGGCAUGCUUCGCACAUGAAUGGUGCGCCCAGUGGCAGGGGAGCGUAUAGAGGAGGGGUGACUAACGAGGACGGGCUGUCGUGGGUGGCACGGGGGGUGGUGGCGCUGCUGCCGGCUUCCUGGCAAGAGUGGGCGGCUGAGGGGUUGGGUGGGGGCGGCAAUGGCAAUAGCAGCAGCAGCAGGAAACGAGGCAAGCAGGGAGUUGGUAGGAGGAACAAGAAUUCAGAAGGAGCAGCAGCCGGUGAAGCAGCAGCAGGGGGAACGGAAGGAGGGCUGCUGGGCAAGCAGCAGGACGGCCCGGCCAAUGGGAUCGCGCCACCUGGACAGGACGACCCAGGGGAAGCAGGAAGGGAGGAUUCGGGGCAGGGCGAAUCUGGGGGAGGGAGGCUGAGCAGGCUAUUGGGGAGUGUGGGUAAGCUGGGCAGUGGCAGCAGGCAGAACAGCACAGGGAAGCUGAUCACCCGCCGAGGCAGCCGCGACAAUGAAGGGCCAGGGGAGGGCGCGGGCGCGGGUGGUGCUGAUAAUGGCACAGCAGGCGAGGAGGAGAGCGAGGAGGAACGGGAGGAGCGGGAGGACGGGCGGUGGGUGGGGCGGCUGUUUGUGUCCCGGCGGGUGAUCGGGCAUGGGAGCCACGGGACGCUGGUGCUGGAGGGGCGGCAGGUGGCGGUGAAGCGGCUGCUGUCUCAGUUCUACGAGCGAGCCCGGCAGGAGAUUGCUGCGCUGAUCGCCACGGACGAGCACCCGAACGUGGUGCGGUGCUUUGCCAUGGAGGAGGAUGACUCGUUUGUGUAUGUGGCGCUGGAGCGCUGCGCGUUUAACCUCGCGGAUCUCCGUGAAAUCAUAUCCGCAGCACUGGAGCGGGUACAGGCCUACUGCACCUCACAGGGCGUGGGGGUGCAGGGGCUGUGCCUGUGGGACGAUAAAGGCCAGCCUACACAACAACUGGUAGGGUUGUUAAGGGACGUGGCGAGUGGCCUGGCUUAUCUGCAUGACCAGCGGAUUGUGCACCGGGACUUAAAGCCCCAUAAUGUGCUCAUCUCGCUGCUGCUGCCCAGCCGGCACCGGCAGCGUGGGCAAUCACAGGGUAGGGUGAGUGGAGGAGUAGUUAGUGGGGAUAAGGGUGGGUUGGGGGUGGGUGAGGAGUUUGCAGGCUCGGGCAGCAGCGGGUGGCAGGCGCCGGAGCAGCUAGAGGACGGGUCGAGGCUGACGAAAUCGGUGGACAUGUUUUCGUUUGGGUGCCUGGUGUUCUUCUGUGUGAGCGGCGGCAGCCACCCGUUUGGGGAGUGGUUUGAGCGCGAUGCGAAUGUGGUGGCGGGGAGGGCGGACCUGUUCCCAAUCGACCACGUGCCUGAGGCACUGGAUCUGGUGGCUGCUCUGCUCGACAGAGACCCCGAGAAGAGAGAACCUGAGAAGAGGUGCGUGAUGGGUGGAAUGGUGAGGGAAGAAUUCAAGAGGCACCCCUUCUUCUGGCCGGCAGAGCAGCGGCUGGCGUUCCUGCGAGACGCCAGUGACCGCGUGGAGGGAGAAGACCGCGAGGCCCACUCGCCCCUCUUGAACGCCCUAGAAGCAGUGGCGCCCAGGGCCAUAGCCCGCAAGGGGGGGAUUAGUAAAGCGCCUGGGGAGAAGGGCGGCGGGUGGAAUGAGCGGGUGGACGGGGCGCUGCUGGGGAAUCUGGGGAAGUAUAGGCGGAGAAACUCCUAUUCCCCCGAGCGCGCUAACCACGCCUCGACGUCUCUCCGCGUUUCCCGGCGGGCGUCUCGAUCGCGAGUGGUCAUGGCGUCAGCAGCGGCGGAGAAGGGAUCAGCGGCAACGGCGGGCAGCGAGGAGCUGGCGGAGUUCGUGUCGCGCGACAACCGUCGCAUGCUGCACGUCGUCUACCGCGUUGGGAACCUGGACGCCGCUAUCAAGUUCUACACGGAGUGUCUGGGCAUGAAGCUGCUGAGGCAGCGCGACAUUCCCGAGGAGAAGUACUCCAACGCCUUCCUCGGCUACGGGCCCGAGACCUCCACGUUUGUCGUGGAGCUCACCUAUAACUAUGGGGUGGACUCGUACGACAUUGGAGCGGGCUUUGGACACUUUGGCAUUUCUGUUGAUGAUGUGUACAAGACGGUGGAGGUGGUGAAGUCGCGGGGCGGCAAGGUGACUCGCGAGGCUGGCCCUGUGAAGGGCGGGCAGAGCGUCAUUGCUUUCGUUGAGGACCCUUCAGGGUACAAGUGGGAGAUCAUUCAGCGGCCACCUACUCCCGAGCCACUGUGCCAGGUCAUGUUGCGGGUGGGGGACCUGGACAGGGCAAUCAAGUUCUACGAGAAGGCAUAUGGCAUGAAGCUGCUGCGGACAAGGGACAACCCACAGUACAAGUACACGAUAGCCAUGGUGGGGUAUGGCCCCGAGGCGGAGAGUGCAGUGGUGGAGCUCACAUACAAUUAUGGGGUUGAGUCCUAUGAAAAGGGCAAUGCCUACGCACAGAUCGCGAUUGGAACAGACGAUGUGUAUAAGACAGCAGAGGCCAUUCGGGCGGCGGGCGGCACUAUCACUCGAGAGCCGGGCCCCAUCCCCGGCAUCAACACCAAGAUCGUGGCUUGCCUCGACCCCGAUGGGUACAAAACGGUCUUUGUCGACAACCAGGACUUCCUUCGGGAGCUGGACGGCGGAGGAGCGGCGCAUGACCGGCACGCGGAGGCGAAGGCGGAAGCGGAGGCGUCCGAAGCGUGCGAGCGGCCGUUCGAGCAGCCGCAGUCGUGGCUGCACCGGCGCGGCAAGGGCGAGUGGAACUCGGGGCUCAAGGACUUCCCUCGGGAUCCCCGCGCCGCGGCGCUGGGGUGCUGCGCGCCGUGCUACCUCUUCGCGCAGACGGCGCGCAAGAUCACCGACGGGCGCGUGCAGUUCUCCAGAGCAUUCACGACCUACUGCCUGGUAGGGGGUUGUUGGGGCGCGCCUCUCUCCCUAAUCCUCGGCCCCUUUGCCUACUGGUUCACGUGUGUGCCGUGCUACGCCUCAUCCAUUCGCCGCCAGCUGCGCCACAAGAAGGGGCUGCACGAACGACCCAUGGACGACUUUGCCGCCCACUGCUGCUGCCACCCCUGCGCGCUUUGUCAGGAGUACCGGGAGACCCGUGAGUUUGACCUGGAGCUAGUGGCAGGGCCCACACACGCAACUGUGGACAGACCGCCCCUGGAAACAGCGAGGCAUUUGGAGCACCUGCAGGAGACGCAGCAGAUGGAGCGGUGA